UCGCGCUGCGCGCAGGGCCGGGCUCGGGGCGCGAUGGCUCUGUACCCGGUGAUCCGGAAGCUGCAGCACAAGCGCGUGGUGCUGGCCAGCGCCUCCCCGCGCCGCCAGGAGAUCCUCAGCAGGGCGGGUCUCAGGUUCGAGGUGGUUCCUUCCAGGUUUAAAGAAAAGCUCGAUAAAGGCUCUUUCGCCACCCCGUACGCCUAUGCCAUGGAGACGGCCAAGCAGAAGGCCCUGGAUGUGGCCCGGAGGAUGCACCAGAAAGACCUACGGGUCCCUGACAUCGUCAUCGGAGCCGACACUAUCGUGACGGUUGGAGGGCUGAUCCUGGAGAAGCCGGUGGACAAGCAGGACGCGUACACCAUGCUGUCCAGGCUGAAUGGGAAAGAACACAGCGUGUUCACCGGAGUCACCAUCAUCCACUGCUCCAGCCAAGACGGCCGGCUGGACAUGGAGGUCUCCGAAUUCUACGAGGAGACGCUGGUGAAGUUCUCGCAGCUGUCCGAGGAGCUCCUGUGGGAAUACAUCCACAGCGGGGAGCCCAUGGACAAAGCCGGAGGCUACGGUAUCCAGGCGCUGGGCGGGAUGCUGGUGGAAUACGUCCACGGAGAUUUCCUCAAUGUCGUCGGCUUCCCCCUGAACCACUUUUGCAAGAAGCUGGCUGAGCUGUACAACCCUCCACGCCCCGAGGCCCUGCAGCGGGCCAGGCAGGGCUCCGUCCCUGCCGUGGACACGAUUGGGAGCCUGGGAGACCUGAGCGAUGCGGAGGGCCACGGCCCAGGUGGGGCGCAGGCGGGCGGGGCACAGCUACCCAAGGACCAGCCACAGGCUCGCAGCUCGGAGGGCGCAGAUCCUAAGAGGACGGUGAAGAGCCUGCCCCCCACAGCCCUUCUGGAAUUGACAGAAGGUUUCAAAGCAUCCAAGGCUCUGUUCACAGCUUGCAAGAUGAAAGUGUUUGAUUUAUUACGAGACGAAGGCCCCCUGAGCGCUGUGGAUAUUGCUGGGAAAAUUGACGCCUCAGAGUGCGGAACCAGACGGCUGCUGGACAUCUGUGUGGCCCUGGGGUUGCUGGAGAAGACACAGAGAGGUUACAGUAACUCGGAGGCGGCCAGCCUGUACCUGCUGUCGGACUGCGAGUACUCCCUCCACGGCUUUAUCAUGUACGAGAACGACCGCGCCUGGAAACUCUUCACCCACCUGGAGUCGGCCAUCCGGGAGGGGACCAACCAGCACCCCAGGGUCCUGGGGAAGACGGUGGACGACCUGUUCCCGGGCUCCCUCUACGAGAGCCAGGACAGUAAGCUGCAGUUUAUGGGGGCCAUGCACUGCAUCAGCAAGCUGACCGCUCACCAGGUGGCCACGGCCUUUGACCUGUCUCGAUUCACCUCUGCCUGCGACCUGGGCGGCUGCACAGGUGUCCUCGCCCACGAGCUCGCCAGGGAGUACCCGGGUCUGAAGGUGACUGUGUUUGACCUCCCAGAGGUCAUCAAGGAUGUCACAUGUUUUCAAAGCGACGGACCACAGUCACAGCAGGUCCGCUUCGUGCCAGGUGACUUUUUCAAAGACAGCCUCCCGGCGGCCGACCUCUACAUUCUUUCCAGAGUUCUCCACCACUGGCCAGAGGACAAGGUGCACAAGCUGCUGAGCCAGAUCUCAGACAGCUGCAAACCAGGUGACGGCCUCCUGGUGGCGGAAACGUUCCUAGACAAGAAGCGCUCGGCGCGGUGGGGCCUGAUGGAGUCGCUGAACACGCUGGUGCAGGCGCUGGGCCAGGAGCGCAGCCUGGGCGAGUACCAGCGCCUUCUGCAGAUGCACGGCUUUGAGGUGGUGGGGGCCGCGCGCCCCGGGAGCAUCUUGGAUGUGAUCCUGGCCACUAGAACUGUGCCCUGAGGCUCACAGGGAUGUUCUCCUGGGGGGGCCUCCGUCCUGGAAUGUGGACUUUGCGGUGCAACGUUUACUGGAGGGCUCGCUGUAACCGCCCAGAUCAAAGGGCGUGGGGAGCACUGUUUCUCCGAGUCCUUUCGUGGGGCUGAAGACCCUGGGAAAGGACAGCGCCAGCCCAGGGGUCCCUCCCUCACAAUGCCAGGCAUCGACCUCUGCGGAGACCCCAGGUGUACCCGGCAGGGCGGCCACCUACCUGCCCAGUGAGUCUCCGCAGCAGGAGCCCCCUCCACCCUGCCCUCGCCACCAGCCUUGAGCAUUUCCAGUCUCUGUCGUUGUUUUUUAAAAUAUGUCUUUAUUGAUUUGAGAGAGAGGAAGGGA